AAUAUAUCCUAGAAAACCUGGACGAUAAAAAUGUCACCACCCAAAAUGAAGUAUUGGAACGUAUUAGCGAUUAUUGCGGUAAGCCCGUAACAGAUUAUCGAAAUGAUGAGUAUGAAGUACCCUAUACCUGGACAUUUUAUCACUCGUUCUUUUUCGCGUUUACUGUGUGCUCAACGGUCGGUUAUGGUAAUAUAUCACCGACCACAACAUUGGGCCGAAUGAUAAUGAUUGUGUAUUCGGUGAUUGGUAUACCAAUCAAUGGUAUAUUAUUUGCUGGAUUGGGCGAAUAUUUUGGAAAGACGUUCCAAGCAAUAUAUCGACGUUAUAAAAAAUACAAAAUGUCCCGUGAUGUACACUAUGUACCACCGCAAUUGGGUUUGAUUACCACCGUGUUAAUAGCAUUAGUGCCGGGUAUAACAUUAUUCCUCUUAAUACCGUCUUGGGUAUUUUCCUAUUUUGAAGAUUGGCCAUUUUCGUUGGCCUUUUAUUAUUCCUAUGUCACGACCACAACAAUUGGUUUUGGUGAUUAUGUACCAACAUUCCAGCCACAACAGCCUCGAGAAUUUGGCGGUUGGUUUGUGGUUUAUGAAAUAUUCGUUAUUGUCUGGUUCAUAUUUUCAUUGGGCUAUUUAUUAAUGAUUAUGACUUUUAUAACAAGAGGCUUACAAAGUAAGAAACUAGCACGUUUGGAACAACAACUAUCAUCGAAUAUUAAAGCCACUCAACAUCGUAUUUGGAGUGGUGUUACCAAAGAUGUGGGCUAUUUGAGAAGGAUACUCAAUGAAUUGUAUAUAUUGAAAUUUAAGCCCGUCUAUACAGAACCUGCUGAGUAUGAUUACUCUCUACAUCGUUCCUUAUCUUGCCCUGAACUAACAAUGUACAGAGUUGAUCCCAUUCCAAUACCCAGUCGUAAACGUGCCUUCUCUGAAUGUUAUGAUGCUGUGGAGGCUCGUGUGGAAGGCACUCCAUUUACAGUACAUGCUUCCUCGGAUACGGAAUUGAAUAGAAUCGAUCGCCAGAAAUCAUUCGAAACGGCUGAAGCUUUCCGUCAAACUACCGGUCUGUUGGCGAAAGUGGUUACGGCCUUGGCUACUGUGCAGGCACCACCACAAGAUGAAGAUACCACUGUGGGAGCGGCCAGUAUGUAUGGUGGUUAUCAUGGUUUCUCCGAUUCACAAAUAUUGGCCAGUGAAUGGUCAUUCCCCGGCACCAAUGAAAUACCCAAGCCCAGAGGUAGAGCCUGUUCCGAUUUCAAUUUGGAUCCCAAAUGGAAGGGUGGCAGACGUUCCACAAUGCCUGCUCACCAGGAAUGGACGUGGAGUGGUGAUAACGAUCAAAUUCAAGAGGCUAUUAACAGUCGUUGUCGCCAAAUGGAUCGCGAUCGUGAGAAUAUUUAUCGCAGCAGUUUGGGUCUACCCACACUCGAUCAUGUGGUUAAUGUAGAUGAAGAAGAAUUGAAUAAGAAACCUCAGACGGCCGGCGGAAGAACUAAGAAAUUCUCCAUUCCUGAUGGUUUUCGCAGGCUAUUUCCAUUUAAGAAACGGCCAUCACAAGCUGAUUGGAACGUGGAUGGUGAGAAGGGUGACAAACGUAAAUUCUCUGUUGCAAGUGUUCCGGAGGGCAUUCCCCACGAUGUUCCACCUCUGGAUUAUUAUAGUACAGUAACCGCCAAUGCCAGUCCUACCUAUUUCCAUAAUGGAAAACCCUUGCAAACAUCAAAUGGCAGUCUUAACACACGUCUCUCAGUUUUGGGUUUGAAUAAUAUUAGGGAAAAUCCAAGACCAGAAUUGAGCCAACUUACUGAAAUGAAUAACAGCAACACCGUAACCACUAAUACAUCAUACCAAAGAAAUCCUCUGGGAGAUCGCAAACGUAAGGUAUCGGCCUUUGCCCAAAACGCUGCAUUAUCCAAUCGCCGAGCAAGCAUGUUUCCACCGACCAGUGCAGCAGCGGCAAUUUCACAAAGGCGAGCCAGUGUCUUCAAUCCCGAAAGAAGGGGAAGUGUUCUCUCCACCGCUGGCAUUAAUCCGCCAGCCAGGCGUGGCAGUCUAUUCCCUAUGGCGCCCAACGCCAAUCGACGAUCAAGUCUAUUUUCCACGGCCUCCCAAGAAGAUGUGGACAUUUUGGAAAAUACUACAUUGGCUGAUUUGAUUCGGGCACUAGAAGUUGUUCACACCCAGGCCGUUUUGGACGAGCAAGUUGAAGCAUCCGCUCUUGCCAAUAAAUCGGGCAGCUCCAAUUUGUUCCGUUCGGAUAAGAAACGCAAGGGUGGUUCUGGCGGUCUGGAUGACUCACCAUUACCACCGAUAUUGUCAUUGUUUGGCACCGAUUCCAAGGCUAUGAAUGCAGCAGCUGCUAAUCGUCUGUAUGCUCGUAGAUCAACAAUUGUUGGUACCCUACCGCAGACAUCACAUCAGCUCAAUCAAACAUCUAUUACGCCAAGUAAUUCCAGUAACAUAUUAACCAGGCGAAAGUUAUCGACUGUUCAGAUAAAAGACCCACCACCAAGUUACAGCGAACGCGAUAACCAAUCGUCGGUGACGAGCACUCCCGCGACACAAACGAAAUUCAAACGUCGUUUUAGUGUCAGACCAACAGCAUUGCAAAUACCACCGGGUAUGGCGCCUCCACCCGGUGUUAAUAUCAACACGGUGGUAUCGCAAAUACCAUCGGGUCCAUCAACAUCAAGUGGCAGUCUAAAUCCCUUGGGUCCUGGCUCACAAACAGUUCUCCAAAGACGCUUAUCACUAAGGCCAUCGCCAUUAGCCCAGCCAACAAUAACCACAACUUCUCCCGAUGGCACAACUACAACAAAUCCAUUGUCAUCAGCGGCCAGUAGCACAGCUCGAUUGCUGCCAGCUCGUCCAUCCAAUACCAGUACACAUUCCCCAUUGUCACGUAUUGUGCAAAUAUCACAAGCUCAACGUAAAUCUAGUAUGCCAGAUGGUUUUAGCUCUCAGAAAACCGAUAAAUAA